AUAAUCUUUCGCAUUAUCUGUCUAUCUACUCUUGAGAGAGUGAGAGAUGAAAUUUUAGUGUGUUUCAAUUCAUUUUGUUCAAGUCUUUUUUCUCAACUUUUCUCAUUUAUGUUGAGUAUGAAAUUUUACUACCAACCGAAGUUGAAGAGAAACUAAUUUUAUUUCUUUCGUUUCGUUUCUCGCUGUGAUUAUCUCUCCAACGUAUUUACUCUCCUUUCUCUCUCCCUCACCAAACGAUAUCAUUCAUCAUCAUCGCCUCACUCUCGUUCUCUCUGUGUUCUUUUCAUAUCGUUGAUUCUCCUUCUUUUUAUCCUAUCAUUUUCACUUUCUCUUUUUCCAAUCAUUCUCAACUCUUUCACUCAACUUUUUACAAUAUCAUCUCCCAUCCAGACGUUUAGUCUAACAAGUUCUCUCAUCAUCAUCUCUCCCCUCUUUAAUCUCUUAGUGCUACAGUUUUACUAUUUGAUUUUAACCCUUUCAUUGUUGUCGUUACUUCUCUCUCUCUCUCUCUCUUUCUUUAUCUUUCUCCCUUUUUCUCGUUCUCUAUCAACAUUGUAUACAUUCAAACAAACACACAAAAACACACUCUCUCACUCUCUAUAUCUCAACUAAUAUGAUCUCAUUGAGUGUCUGAUGUAUAAAAUUAACUUCUCAAUUGAUUCUCUUUUGGGACUUGAUGCUGUUUCAAAGGAAAAUGAAAAAAACCGUUGCCGUUUGGAGGACAAAAGAGGAGAAAGACUCUCUUCAGGAGAAGGAAGAAGAAGCCCAGACAUUACUGGUGAUACUGGUGACGACAUUUCUGCUAAUAACGGCAGUGGUUAUGAAGAUGGAGAAGGAAGUGUUAACAUUAGCAACAACAACAACAACAACAACAAUAACACAAGUGAAGAAGGUCGAGAUGGAGGUGGUGUCUUUAUGGUCACUACCGAUAGUGUUAUCCAUAUAUCUGAAGAUUUGAAAAGUUGUUCCAUUGUUGGUAGACCUUUAUCAUCUCCACUUGGAAACCUUGACUCUUACAGGAGUCCAAUGUCGAGCCAUCAUCCUCUAACCUCACCAGCAGCAUCAAUAGUCAAAUCAGAGGAAUCCCAAAUGUCCGUUGUUUCCAAUGAAUCUCAAAGUGCUGGUGACACAUCAAGUUCCAUUGCCUUAGUGUCAACAGAUUCUCUUGUUGUUAUUGGGUCCAACGCAAUUGGUGGUAAUAGUAGUGGUCUUGGUGGUGGUGGAGGUGAUGAUGGUCUUGGCAGUAGUAGUGUUUCCAGGGGCUCACCUAUUGGAGGUAAAGGCUUAACAAAAGAAAAGACAAAGAGGAAGGAAAAGGAAGGACCUUACUGCGCCAAGUGCAAAGUUCAUUUUGAAUAUUUUGAAGUGAAAAACCAUAAGGAUAAAUGUGCAAGACGUUACUGUCAAUGUCGUAUUUGUAAGCUUAUCGAUAAGGGUAAAAAUUUACGAGGAAAAAAGAAGAAAGCAAAUCCAUCGGAAGCCAAUUCAUCGAGCCAACAACAGCUCUCCGAAGAUUCUGAUGCAAAAUCUGGUAAUUUUAGGUUCACUGGAACUCAGGGAGAUCUUAUGGCGUAUGCAGCCGAGUACAGAGACUAUCUUAAACGUGUUCUUGACCUGAAGCUAGCUCAUCCUGAAAGAAAAAUGGAGAAAUUAUUAAAUUCAAUUCUCUAUUUGUUGCUUCAAAAUAAUAAUUUUGAUGACCAAGUAUUGAAAAUGAAACUUUCAGCAGCUAAAGCAACUAUUGAAAAUAUUAGGAAUCGUAAUAAUUUUGGAUUAAAUAAUUUCCUGGGCGAAUCUAAUGAAAAGGAAUCUUCAAGUUCACCUUUAAAUGAGAGAUUAAAAUUAGACCGACCUAGACAUUUAUCAUCUUCAACAGUCUCAUCCUCGACAAUACCUUCUCUAAAUGCCAGUCCAAACACAGUUAUAAUACCAACCAAUUUACCAACCGGCUUGGGAACUGUGGCAACACGAGUCAGCUCAUCUUCCUCUGGUUCCUCCUCUGCUUCAGCUUCCCCAUUCUCAGCUUCAACGGUAGCCCCUAAUGUCGGAUCCACGGUCGCUUGUCAAUCUUUACUGUCACUAGCAGGAACCGAAUAUCCAAUUUCACCUGUAACAACACUUCCUCAGCCAACCAUAUUUUCAUCCUCACUUUUUUGUCCCAGUUACUAUGGUUCAUUGGCAGGUAGUUCACUGUCAGCAUAUCAAACAACCGUUAGUCGUCCAGGUUUCAUUCAAAAUUAUGAGAAAGAAUCUUUUCACCAACAUCAACACCAGCAUCAGCACCAACACCAGCAUCAACACCAUCACCUUCAUCUUCACAAUAACAACAACAACAACAACAACAGUUCAACUAGUGGUAAUAUGAAUAAUAGCAAUGUUCCAAGUAGUAAUAGAAAUAGCAGCUUAAACAUUCACAUAACUGGAACCAGCAACUCUACCAACAAUUACCAUCUUAAUCACCAAUAUCAUCAACAUACGACGUCUUUUUAUUCCUUCCUCGGAUCCAAUUCGGGUGCAAUUAAUCUCAGUAAAAAAUGAACAACUUGCUGCUUUAUCUGCGUAAAUUUUCCUUCUUUUUUGGCUUUUCUCUUUUGCUCUUUUUGAUUAUCUCCUUUCACCUUUCAAAAAAAGCACCUAGACAAAGUCUUGAUCUUCAUCAUCUUCUUCAUCCCAAUUCUUUACCAUUGCUUUCUCAUCUGCUGAAACGGAUACGCACGACAUCAACAGUGAUGAAAAUAAUAAUGAUGGUUAUAAUUCACCAAAAAUACUUGGAAAAAAUUUGCAAGAAAAAAAGGUUACCUGGAUGGAAUCUGCAAACAAGUUGAAAGGCAACAAAAAAGUUAAUUAUUCAAUUAUAUAAAUAUAAAAAAAAGACCAAGUCAAUGACUAUAAAAAAACUCUUUUUAAAAAAAAGCAACCUAACGACCUUACCUUUACGAAGCUCACAGUUUCGAUCAUAAUGAUUUUGAUCUUUGUUCGUUCAUUUUAUUCAAUUAAUCAUUUUUUCUCCUCUUCUUUUUGUCAACAACAGCAACAUUCAACAUUUAAUAGCAUUAAAAUGCAUCCAAAAAAAAGUUUAUCCAUUUCAGCGUGGAACAAAAAGCUAAAAAUUUUCAAAAAAAUGCAAAAAAUACAAUGGUUAAAACUAAUUAUUAAGGAUAAAAAAUUGAGAGAGCUCAGCUCUUAAUGUACAAAAUUAUAUGUUUUUGUCUUCAUCUCUUUUACCUGAAAAUUUAUGUCAAUUGAACAAUUUUUUCCUGUGGAGUAUGGUCUUCUUAAUCAUGGUUCUAAACCAAUUUUUAUCAAUAUUAUAAGAAUGAUUCGUAUUCCCUCUAAACUACUCUAAUCGCCAUCUCUUUCAUACCUGUCAAUUUAAAUUGUCCUCCUUUCUUUAUUUCCAAAACUCUUCUCCAUAUCUUCACCAAUGUCUUCUUCUUGUCCGUUUUUUGUCAAUGUUGACAUCCAUUUUUAAUGUUUAGCAAAAAAAAUCUAAAUGAAAAUGUCUUUAGGGUUUCCCGAAAUUUGAUGCACAUAUUAUAAUAAUAACAGAAACAACCAAUUCUUGAUCCAACCAAUCCAAUCUGACACAACUGCAAUAAACAAAGCAAAUUUAAAUUAAUUGAUGUUAACAAAAUAAUUAAUUAAUUGAAUAACAAAAAAGUGUUUGUAAUCUUUCCCUUUUGCUAUUAGUGAAAUAAAAGGCGAGGCAAAAGAUUGCCUCUCAAAACUGAACAAAAAUGAGUUAAUAAAACAAAUUGUACUUAAAUUGAAA